GGCGCCGCCGGCGAGCAGCGCGACCCUGACCCGACAUGAGGUCGAGCCAUGUUAUGGUGGGCCGCGGACUCGUGCUGGCAGUGUGGUGCGUUCUCUGCCCCGUCGCUAGAGCUGGCAAUUGCUGGGCCAUCGGCAAGAAGGGUCGCUGCACGGACCUGCUGCAGACGGGUGUGACGCGUGAGGCGUGCUGUGCGGGUGGUCGCCAGCCGGCCGCCUGGUCGCCGCGGGACCUGGAGGACGGCCGCCUCUUCUUCUGGCGCGUCAUCGAGGGCGGCGUGCCCUGCAAGCCCUGCAAAGCAACCUGUGCCAAGGUCAAGUGUCCGAAGGGGCAAAAGUGCCGGCGGCGGGCGGGCGUGCCGCGGUGCGUGUGCGCGCCCAAGUGUCGCGCACUCCGGGCUGGACCGGGCCCCGUCUGCGGCAGCGACGGACGCACCUACCGUAACGCGUGCAAGCUGCUGCGCCGCCAGUGCCGCAAAAAGAACGGUCUCACCCUGGCCUACAAGGGCGAGUGCCAAGAGUCCUGCGAUUCGAUCAAGUGCGCGAAUGCUGGCGAGCAAUGCGUUCUGGACCAAAACCGGCAGCCGCACUGCGUACGCUGCCUGCGCAAGUGCCACGACCGCAAGCCUAACCCCGUCUGCGGCGUCAACGGCGUCACCUACACCAGCCGCUGUCACGCUCGUCAGGCGGCCUGCCUGCUGGGCGAGGCCAUCCCAACGGCCUAUCGGGGCCCCUGCCGGCCCGGCCUGACCUGCGAGAGGUUACGCUGCAAGUCAGGUCAACGUUGCCUGCUGAGCCCGGGGGCGGCCGCC